GCGGAGAAAGAUUAGAUGGCUGAAGAAAGAGAAGAAGAAGAAGAAGAAGAAGAAGAAGAAGAAAAAGAAGAAGAAGGAGGAGAGGAGAAAAGGAACCGUUUGAGCGGUAAGCGAGCAGAUUCAAGGGAAAAAGAAGAAGGAAGAAAAAGGAAAGGAUUCCUUUUCUUCGCUAAAGGACGAACGGUUACGGAAGAAGCGUGGAACGAGCAGAUAUCGACGAUGUACGUGACAGAAAAUGUUUUCAUAUCAUACGCUUCCUUGACGGAAGGGACAAUAGUUUCACAUGGUUAUUCUGGCGUCUUAGUCGCAGAACAUUGGGUACUCGCACACGGUUCCAUGCUGGCUCCAGUUUUAUCUCGAUCCCGAGAUUUCCUUCGUUUCUUUACAGUUUUAAAUUCCGGAGAUUUAGCCAUGGCUCAAGCAUCGGAACAGCUGUUCGAUGAUUUAACGUUUCAGAUACACCAUCGUAACCAUUCGUUAAAGAAAUCAGGAAAGUUAGUAGCUGUUUGGAAAUGUCCUCUUUUGGAGGAAACGCUAGAGAAUUCUUUGAAAAAUUUUACCUUCGAGAAACAACACGAUUUUGAUCGUCUUUUAUUGCCUGUCUUCUUGAUGAUCAAAUGCGAAUCGUUCGAAUCAAGCGACGAAACAAUAGGUCGAGAAAAAGACUGGACAUUCGUAGAAAGUAAGCAGCUGGGCGGAGAAUCAGAAGUAACGGAUAAAGCGAAAGUUAAACAAGUUUUACUUCAACUUGCGAAACAAGCUGCUGUCGGCAAAAUUACAAAAGGAGCUAUCAUUGAAUUAGUCUCGACGCCGUUUGGAAAUGCAUUUUUUAUCGACUCCGUGAGUCGCGGAAUUAUUGGAAACUUACUUGGAACCAACCAGUGUCUCAUUGUAAUCGAUGUGACUAGUUUCCCUGGAUGCGAAGGUAGUCCUGUAUUUUUAAUCAACGAUUGUGGUCGAGGAAAUAUUUGCGGCAUGGUAAUUGCGUCAUUAAGCCGGUACCGCGGAGAAUGGGUAAAUUGUACUUUCGCUGUGAACCUGUUAUCAUUGUUGAAACGAAUUCUCCAAAGUCGUGUCUUGAAAGAUGAUUCUCGAUGUUUGUCCUGCGAGAUUUUACCUUUCACAUGGCCGAGUCUACCCGAAAUUGACACCCUUGAAAAAAGUAUCGCGAUCGUAAAGUGUGGACCGAAUUGGGGCACCGCUACUUUAGUAGACGAACAAAGCGGAACAUUCAUAACGUGCGCACAUGUUGUUACAAUGGCACCAGAAAGAAAAAUUAAACUUGCAACCUGCAUUAUAGAUACAGAUAAGUUCGAAUGGUUUGCAGAAGCAAAUUUGAUAUAUAAAACACCGACAGAACGACCUUAUGAUAUUGCUGUAUUGAAGAUCGAUCUAAAGUUCAAAGAACCUUCGAUGAAGGCUAUCGAACUUGCUGAUACAGAUGCACAGAAGGGGGAAGAAAUACUUUCUAUAGGAUUUCCAAUCUCCUUGAAAGGACGGCCUACCAUCAGCAGCGGAAUAGUAUCAAAAACCUGGCGACACAUGUUUCAAACCAAUUGUUGCGUGCACGGUGGCGUUAGCGGUGGACCCAUUGUUCGACGCGCCAAUUUUAAAAUGUUAGGGAUAGUGGUUUGCAACGUUGCUUUAUCGAACGAUUCUGUUUUAUAUCCACGAUUGUGCAUGGCAAUACCGACUACUGUUUUUAAGAAACCACUGGAUGAUUAUCUACGAACUGCUGAUCCUAAAGCGUUAGAAGGAUUGACCCAAUAUGAUAAGAGCGUUGCAAGCACUUGGAAUUUUGCUCCUUUUCUUCCCUCAAAUAUGUAAUAUAUAAACUGUGUUAAACAAAGUAAAUAUAAUAUAUCGAAGAAGAGAAGGCCUUUAUUCGUUCGAUGAUCAAUUUCAACAGACUAAAAUCAACUUGAUGCAAUUUUAUAAUGUGCCACUUAAGGAAAUUUAAACUUUUCGGUAUAGCGUAUAUAUCGUUAUGCGGGAUCUAUUUCUCUAGAUAAAAACACCAACUAGAUAUAAGUAGAAUACUUUAUCGGAAUAAAUUUAACGUAUAUUUUGUAUAUUUUCAUGAUAUACUUUCAUGCUAAAUGUUAAAUGGAACAUUAAGCAUUUAAUUUCUAUAAAUUCCAUUCGUUAAUUUACGUAGAACAAUUGUAGUAUUUUAUUUUGUUUAUAUCACAAGAUACGAAAAAUAAAAGAACAUGUUACAAGAUAA